GAUAGAUGUUCCAUAAAUGGUAGCUUUUAUUAAUAACUACUUCUGACAGAGCCUCUCCAUGUCCAGUAUUGUGCCUGGCUGUCUGGGGUCCAAACAGUUCCCUCCCCUCUAGGAGUGUAUCAUUUUGCUGGGACAGUAAGAUGGAUAUACAUGAGCCAGUGGAAAAAGAAGGUGACUUUCUAUGAAUUAGGUCUUUCUUCUGUGACCACAGACCUCAAGGAUGAGGGUGAUGAGCACACCAAGAGGAGACUGAGGGGAAACCUCCCACUACAAAGAGGCACAAGUUAUCUUGAAGCUCCUGGAAGGGAAGAAAAGCCAAAGGAAGGAGCUCUCAAUCCCAUUGGUAUAAAGCUCUGAGGAGACCCACGCAUCUGAGCACUGAGGAUUCGGUUCGGGUCCUCGGCAGAUGGGUGUCAGUAUCAUCUCCUAGCCAGCAGGAUGGAUACCACGCCCUUAAAUUCCCAGAAGGAGCUGUCAGCCUGUAAGGAUAAAGACGAUUGUCAGGAAAAUGGAGUUCUACAGAAGGGUGUGCCUGUCCCCGAGGAUAAGGUGGAGUCUGGCCAAAUCUCCAAUGGGUACUCAGCAGUUCCAAGCCCUGGUGCAGAAGAUGACACUCAGCACUCCAUUCCGGCUGCCACCACCUCCCUAGUGGCUGAGGCUCAUCGAGGGGAACGGGAGACCUGGGGCAAGAAGGUGGAUUUCCUCCUCUCGGUCAUUGGCUAUGCCGUGGACCUGGGCAACGUCUGGCGCUUUCCUUACAUAUGUUACCAGAAUGGAGGGGGAGCGUUCCUCCUACCCUACACCAUCAUGGCUGUUUUUGGGGGGAUCCCGCUCUUCUACAUGGAGCUCGCACUAGGCCAAUACCACCGAAACGGAUGCAUUUCAAUAUGGAGAAAAAUCUGCCCAAUUUUCAAAGGGAUCGGGUAUGCCAUCUGCAUCAUUGCCUUCUACAUCGCUUCCUACUACAACACCAUCAUGGCCUGGGCGCUCUACUACCUCAUUUCCUCCUUCACGGACCAGCUGCCCUGGACCAGCUGCAAGAACUCCUGGAACACUGGCAACUGCACCAACUACUUCUCCGAGGACAAUGUCACCUGGACGCUCCACUCAACAUCCCCUGCAGAAGAAUUUUACACGCGCCACAUCCUGCAGAUCCAUCGGUCUAAGGGACUUCAGGACCUGGGGGGCAUCAGCUGGCAGCUCGCUCUCUGCAUCAUGCUGAUCUUCACUGUGAUCUACUUCAGCAUCUGGAAAGGUGUCAAAACGUCUGGCAAGGUGGUGUGGGUGACAGCCACCUUCCCUUACAUCAUCCUUUCAGUCCUGCUGGUAAGAGGCGCCACCCUCCCCGGAGCCUGGAGGGGUAUUCUCUUCUACUUGAAACCCAACUGGCAGAAACUCCUGGAGACAGGGGUGUGGGUGGAUGCUGCCGCACAGAUCUUCUUCUCUCUUGGUCCUGGCUUUGGGGUCUUACUGGCUUUUGCUAGCUACAACAAAUUCAACAACAACUGUUACCAAGACGCCCUGGUGACCAGUGGGGUGAACUGCAUGACGAGCUUCGUUUCCGGAUUUGUCAUCUUCACAGUGCUCGGGUAUAUGGCAGAGAUGAGGAACGAAGAGGUGUCUGAGGUGGCUAAAGAUGCAGGCCCCAGCCUCCUCUUCAUCACAUAUGCAGAAGCCAUAGCCAACAUGCCAGCGUCCACAUUCUUUGCCAUCAUCUUCUUCCUGAUGCUAAUCACACUGGGCCUGGACAGCACCUUUGCAGGCUUGGAGGGGGUGAUCACAGCUGUGAUAGACGAGUUUCCGCACAUCUGGUCUGAGCGCCGAGAGUGGUUUGUGCUUGGUGUGGUCAUUACCUGCUUCUUCGGAUCCCUGGUCACCCUGACUUUUGGAGGGGCGUACGUGGUAAAGCUGCUGGAGGAAUAUGCCACAGGCCCUGCAGUGCUCACCGUUGUACUUAUAGAAGCAGUUGCUGUCUAUUGGUUUUACGGCAUCACUCAGUUCUGCAGUGAUGUGAAAGAAAUGCUUGGCUUCAGCCCUGGAUGGUUUUGGAAGAUCUGCUGGGUAGCCAUCAGCCCUCUGUUUCUCCUGUUCAUCAUUUGCAGUUUUUUGAUGAGCCCACCACAGCUACGACUUUUCCAAUAUAAUUAUCCUCAGUGGAGUAUCAUCCUGGGUUACUGCAUAGGAACCUCGUCUUUUAUCUGCAUCCCCACAUAUAUAACGUAUCGGCUGAUCAUCACUCCAGGGACAUUUAAAGAGCGUAUCAUUAAAGGUAUCACUCCCGAAACACCAACAGAAAUUCCCUAUGGGGACGUCCACUUGAACGCCAUAUAAAACACUUCAAUGAGAGGAAAAUGGCUUCCCAACAACCUCUCCUCUGGUUCUGACUAGUCAUGCCUCGCCUUCUCCCCUCUGAGUCAGAGUUUCCAGCUAAGCCUGACAAUGGAAGGGCCUUCUUCAUGGAGAGACAGUCCCAAAGACUAUGGUGCCCAGACUGUAAUGGCCUCCAGCUACUUCUUUCUGUGAAAUCUCCCCGACAUAUUACGUUAGCUCUGUGACACAGCUGAACUGGACUAUUUUGGAUGUGCGAGGGUGUGUAUGGAGGUGAUGAAAACCACCAUCUAGUCAGUUAGGAUUAGGUUUAGAAUCAAGUUUGUAAAAGUCUCAUGUAUCAUUUCUUGUUAUUAUCAUUGGUAUCUGACAUCCAUUUGCUUCUAAAGGUUUCACUGUCAUGAAUGCAUAAACCACGUAGGAGAAAACAGGGAUGCUGUUUUGCUAGCCAUAUAUUUUCUGAAUAGCAUAGAAUUCUGUAGCUGGAAUCUACUAGAACCCUUUAACCUGUGUGCUGCUGUGGAGUCAGGAGAGGAAGAUGUAGAAACUAAACUGAAAAAUAAUGUAUACAUGUGAGCAUGUGUGUCUGUGUAUACUGUUGUUUCAGUGUAUCCUUAUCUCUAUUCCAAUACUUUGGGCCCAUUCCAAACUAUAUGAAUUUCCUUUAAUUUUUCUUACAUUAACAAAUUCCACCUA